CUAAAUCCUUAUCUCAUCAUACAACCCGCGUCCACCCUAACCCCACCCAUAUCUCCCCAUUAAUACAUCUCUAUAAAUCCAUCUUUUAAUACAUCCUCCUCAUUUCAUCACCACUCUAAACUCAUCUCUUCUUCUUCCCCAAUUCAAACCAAAUCAAUAUCUUAAUCAUGGGCUCAUCUACUAGUAUGAUAUUUUCUGUUAAGGCGCUGUUGAUUUCAACUGGCGUUGUGUCUAUAGCCUUGUUUUUAAAACUAUCUCUUCCGGUUCUUAUAGAUGAAAUCCCUGUCGUUUGGUCCUCGAUUCUCUCGUGGCUUCAGCCUCCUUAUUUGUACUUUGUUCUUAACGCUAUUAUCAUCAUCAUUGCCGCUUCAUCGAAGUUUCACACAAAGAUCGAUGACUCCGAUCAUCAACACCAGAAUCAAAUUAAAGUGCCGUUACCGUCUCCGGUCCCUAUGGAUCUGCCGGCUGUUUAUGCUCAAAAUGAGGUCUAUCACAAAAUCGAAGCUGAUGAUGAUAUUUAUCGCAAAAUUGAGGAACCGGAGGAGGCGUAUCGGAAGAUUGAGGAUCCUGUGGAGGAAUUGAAGCCGGUGGUGGAGAUUAAACCGGAAGCUGUGGCGGAGAAGGGCGAGGAUAAUGAGUUUGUGAUAUCGAGGUCCACGUGGACGCCGCCGCGGAAGGUGGAGAAUGAGGAGUUUCGAAUUCCGGCGAAGGAGAAACCUCUGGUUUUGUCCAGGUUUAGCAACCGGAAGCCUGCAAAAGCUAGUCCUGAAGGUGGAAAGAGGGCGCUGAGGGUGGCGAAGCCGAAGCGGCAAGAGACGUUGGAGAGCACCUGGAAAGCCAUAACGGACGGGCGUCACGUGCCACUCACGAGGCACCUCAAGAAGUCCGAUACAUUUGAGAAUCACAACAGCCACGUGGCAGCCGAUUCGCCCACGUGUUCUCCGCGGCGCGUGAUCAAAUCGGAGACGUUUAGAGAUCGGACGAAUUACGAUUCGCCGUCGCCGGUGUCGGGAGGGAAGCUGAGGAAGGAAGCGUCGCCGAGUCAGGACGAGUUGAACCGGCGAGUGGAAGCGUUUAUCAACAAGUUUAACCAGGAAAUGAGGCUGCAGAGACAGGAGUCUCUCAACCAGUACAUGGAGAUGGUUAAUCGAGGGUCACAUUAGAAAUUUUAUUUUAAUUUUUAAAAUUCACAUUUCGUAUUGAAUUAUAACUUUAAAUGUUGCUAUUAUGUAUACUCGCAUAUUGGUUUUUGUUUUUUGGACCUGGUUGUGGUCUUUGAAAGAAGGCUCUCAAGAGGGAGUUGCAAAGUUUGAAUUUUUUGGUUUGAUUAUUGGUUUAUGAAAAGUUGUGGUUAUAGAAUAGGAAGGAGGAUAUGAUGGGGUUUGUGAAACUAGAGCCACCCCACUUGAAUUUAUUUGUAUAAAUCUGAAAAGUGGUCCUCAAGGAAGACCAUUUUUUUUGUUUAUGGAAUAAUGGUUGCAAAAUGGACCAAAGAGUUGUGGAA